AUGACCGAAGUUGACGAUUACUGUUGUGCCAUCGACCGGCACCUGCACGAGCUGCUCGACGAAGCCAGCGAGCAGCAGCAACGCAACGAGCAGGGCGAAAUCGGCUACCAAGCGCCGCAAUUCUACAAUGUCGUCCACAUUAGCGACGCCGAGAAGCUGAGUGAUAACGGCUCGUCAUUUAUUGCGUACUCGAUCAUCUUUGGCGACUACGAAGUGAAGCGCCGCUACAGCGAAUUUGAGUCGCUGCGAACGUGCCUGUGCCGUCUGUAUCCGACGUUUAUUGUCCCGCCGAUUCCCGAGAAGCACUCAAUCACGCAGUAUGCAGUGCUGCAAAAGCGAGCCAAGGAAGACCAGUACAUUAUCGAGCGCCGCAAGCGUAUGCUGGAGCGGUUCCUGAACCACCUGGUCGAACACCCGAUUCUGAGCAGCGAGCACAUUGUGCACCGCUUCUUUGAAAACGGCGUGUCAUGGACCGAAGUGCUGCACUCGCCAGUCGUCACCAACCUGCCCAAGACGCCGCUGUACUCCUCCCCGUCACGCUCUCCAGGAUCAUCCAUCGCGGACGGCACCAGCGUGCAGAUGCCCAAAAUUGCUGCCACGAACAGUCUUGCAGCAGACGUGCCUGUGCCCAGCACGCUGGCGCCGAUUCGCAACGUCGAGGCGCGGUGGAUGGAUUGCGAGCUGUUUACGAACCGCUACUCGAACCAGUUCUCGGGUGUGGUUGAGAAGAGCGAGCGCAAGAUUUAUCGCAAGCUGGGCGAGCUGUCGGGUGACUACGCGGAGCUUGGCGCUGUGCUCAACGGAUUCAGUCUGCUGGACAAUCAGCGCGAGGACUUGGCAGCGGCAAUCGAAAAGGCAGGCCAGGCUAUUGAUAGCUCGUACAUUGAGAUUAACGCCCUGCUGCGUAGCAUGGAGGCCGAUAUGAGCGAGCCUAUCCACGAGUACUCGCAGUACGCCAGCAUCAUCAAGCAGGUCCUCCGGUUCCGAAUGCUCAAGAACCUGCAGGUCGACAACACCCAGGAUGCUCUGCUGUACCAGAAGAAGAAGCUCGAUACGCUGCUCCAGGCCGACGACGAAGCAAAGAAGCUGGCGCAGGUGCUUGAGACAAGCGGCACCAAGGUCUCGCCGACUACUACAACCGCUGCCGCUGCUGCAAACCCAGGGGACUUUAGCGAACCCGAAGAUGUCGACCCCAAUGGCUUUGUCACGCCGCAGAGAGCAAACACCGAUGCUGCGUCCUCGGUCAAUGCCCUGGGCGACGGCAUCAUGAACCGCCUGACGUACGCACUCAAUGGCAUGAUGGAUGUGGACCCCGAGCAGAUGCGCCGCAACCAGAUCGGCCGGGCCUCGGACAAGAUCAGCAUUCUGGAGGAGCAGCUUGAGAUGCUGAGCAACGACCUGGUGCUGGUCAACACAAGCACGCAAGAUAAUCUGGAUCGCUUCCAGAAGCAAAAGAUGCGCGAAGUCAAGGCCGUCCUGGUAGCCAUGUCCAAGAUGCACCUCGAGUGGGCCGAGAAGAAUCUAGAGAUCUGGAAAGAGGCAAAGGAGGCCGUAGACACCGUCGAUGCUGUUUGAAGGACGCCAAUUGUGGACUUUUCUCUGUAGCGAUAUACAAGGUGCGGGGACCAGAAAAAUUGGACAAGGAAUAUACCAUUCUUCGUUGAUGCAUUCAAUUUUAGUCAAUUGACAACCAAGUCGACUGUUAUUUAUCGCUAGACCCAGAUGCCAACACCAAUGGUAUCGCCAAUGGCAUCCAGAGUCAGGCAUAUAAAAACACCAAAGACCCAAAUCCCAGUUGCCAUUGGAGGUCAUUCACAGUUACU